UCCGGUGCGCAACAGCCGCUUGUUUCCAAAAAUUUCCAACAGACGCGCGCGUCUUUCCAGUAACCCUAAGUACACCCAGCUGAGCGCUUCCCGACCCUGGCGUCCUUGGCACUCCGGGAGGUCUGGGAACGCUCCUGCAGGCAAGAACGGCCCAGGUGACCACAUCUGUUCCUUUUGCCCAAGCAGAGUAUCAGCGCCACCCCAGUACCAUUGAAGUCCCUUCCGCCAGCCGCACCCAUGCUUCUGGCGCGAAUGAACUCUCAGGUGCAGCCAGAGAACAGCGGGGCGGACCCGGGACCCCAGCAUCCCCUGAAGGGGUGCAGAGCUGCGGAUGUGGUAGUUGUGAAGGACAGUAACGGCGUUCAGUGCCUCCUGGCGCCCAGCGGCAGCGACUCGCAGCCCAGGGAGACGUGGGGCAAGAAGAUGGACUUCCUGCUGUCAGUGGUGGGCUUCGCAGUGGACCUGGCCAACGUCUGGCGCUUCCCCUACCUCUGCUAUAAGAACGGCGGUGGUGCCUUCCUGAUCCCGUACACCCUUUUCCUCAUCAUUGCUGGCAUGCCCCUAUUCUACAUGGAGCUGGCUCUGGGACAGUACAACCGGGAAGGGGCAGCCACCGUUUGGAAGAUCUGCCCACUCUUCAAAGGAGUCGGCUACGCUGUGAUCCUCAUCGCAUUCUACGUUGGCUUCUACUACAAUGUCAUCAUCGCCUGGUCGCUCUACUACCUCUUCUCUUCCUUUGCCUUCAACCUGCCCUGGACUGACUGUGGCCACGCCUGGAACAGCCCCAACUGCACUGACCCUAAGCUCCUCAAUGGCUCUGUGCUGGGCAACCACACUAAGUACUCCAAGUACAAGUUCACGCCAGCAGCAGAGUUUUAUGAGCGUGGCGUCCUGCACCUUCAUGAGAGCAGCGGGAUUCACGAUAUUGGCUUGCCCCAGUGGCAGCUCUUGCUCUGUCUGAUGGUUGUUGUCAUCGUCCUGUAUUUUAGCCUCUGGAAAGGAGUGAAGACAUCAGGAAAGGUCGUGUGGAUCACAGCCACGCUGCCUUACCUCGUGCUGUUUGUGCUCCUGAUCCAUGGCAUCACGCUGCCCGGUGCUUCCAAUGGCAUUAAUGCCUACCUGCACAUCGAUUUCUACCGCCUCAAAGAGGCCACGGUGUGGAUUGAUGCUGCAACCCAGAUCUUUUUUUCCCUGGGGGCUGGAUUUGGUGUCCUGAUUGCAUUUGCAAGUUACAACAAAUUUGACAACAACUGCUACAGGGACGCCCUCCUGACCAGCACCAUCAACUGUGUGACCAGCUUUGUCUCUGGAUUUGCUAUCUUCUCCAUCCUUGGCUACAUGGCCCACGAGCACAAGGUCAACAUUGAAGAUGUUGCCACUGAAGGAGCUGGCCUAGUGUUCAUCCUGUAUCCAGAAGCCAUUUCUACCCUGUCGGGGUCGACGUUCUGGGCUGUCGUGUUUUUCAUCAUGCUCCUGGCGUUGGGCUUCGACAGCUCAAUGGGAGGCAUGGAGGCUGUCAUCACUGGUCUGGCCGAUGACUUUCAGAUCUUGAAGCGACACCGGAAACUCUUCACACUUGCUGUCACCAUUAGUACUUUCCUUCUGGCCCUGUUUUGUAUAACCAAGGGUGGCAUCUAUGUGGUGACUCUGCUGGACACCUUUGUGGCGGGCACCUCCAUCUUGUUUGCUGUGCUCAUGGAGGCCAUCGGAGUGUCCUGGUUCUAUGGUGUGGACAGGUUCAGCAACGACAUCCAGCAGAUGAUGGGGUUUAAGCCAGGCCUGUACUGGAGACUAUGCUGGAAGUUCGUCAGCCCUGCCUUUCUCCUGUUUGUGGUCGUGGUCAGCAUCAUCAACUUCAAACCACUCACCUACGACGACUACGUCUUCCCACCCUGGGCCAACUGGGUGGGCUGGGGCAUUGCCGUCUCUUCCAUGGUCCUGGUCCCUGCCUACGUGGUCUACAAGUUCCUCAGCAUUCGGGGUUCCCUUUGGGAGAGACUGGCUUACGGCAUCACGCCAGAGAAUGAGCACCACCUGGUGGCCCAGAGAGAUGUCAAACAGUUCCAGCUGCAGCACUGGUUGGCCAUCUGAACCUGGCCCUGAGGAGGCGGAGGUGGAGCCCCGCCAGGCCAGUGUCCAGCUCAGCUGCAUCGGCUCCGCUCCUGCCCCAGACACUCUCUGUCUGGGGCUCGUC